AUGGUGGCGGCGGCAGACGGCAGAGCAGUGGACAUUGAAGUUGACAAUGAAGAAAGUAGCGCUGCUGAAAGUGAAGAAGAGGAAGAAUCUCAGCAGAAGAAAGGAACAUCAAAUAGAAAGAAUAGAGCACAGGAAGGGGAUGAGGAUGAAGAAGAAGUGACUGCUGCAGAACGUAGGCGAAGGUACAAGAGACGUCGGAUGAAUGAAGAUGAAAAUGAAGGCAGUGGAUCUGAUGGAGAAGCCUGCAAAAACAGGAAGAACAGAGUAAAUCAGAGGAGCAGGGAUGGGUCCAGUGAAGAAGAUGAUGAUGAUUCUGGGUCCAGACGAAGCAGGAGAAAGGGGAAGAAAAAGAGAAAAGGAUCAAGCUCUGAUUCCAGUUCAGAAGAUGAGCUUACAGAGGAGGAACUGGCCAAGUUGAAGGAAGCACUAGAAGAGAAAAAGAAGCUGAUCACCACUUUACGAACCAAGCCCUGGAAUAUGAAAAAGAAACUGCAAGUCUUGAGAGAAGCUCAACGGUUUGUGGAAAAAUUUGAAGGAGCUCUUGGCAAAGGCAAAGGGAAGCAGUGGUAUGCAUUUAAAGUGAUGAUGAUGAAAAAAUGGGUGAAAUUUCAACGUGAUUUUGAGAAUUUUAGGACAGCCUGCAUCCCCUGGGAAAUGAAAAUAAAAGAAAUUGAAAGUCAUUUUGGCUCUUCGGUUGCAUCCUAUUUCAUAUUUUUGCGCUGGAUGUAUGGAAUAAAUGUAAUUUUGUUUGGACUGACCUUUGGUCUCAUCAUGGUGCCUGAGGCACUGAUGGGGAAACCGUAUGGGACUUUAGCCAGAAAAACUGUGCCAAGAGCAGAGGAAGCAACUGCUAUGAACUUUGCUACUUUGUAUGACUUUAGUGGCUUCGCACAAUAUUCUGUGCUCUUUUAUGGCUAUUACAACAACCAGAGAACAAUCGGGUGGCUGAAGUUCCGAAUGCCUUUGUCCUACUUUUUGGUUGGCGUUGGCAGCAUCGCCUACAGUUUCAUGGUUGUCAUCCGCACAAUGGCAAAGAAUGCACACGACGAUGGCGGUGGAGAUGAUACAAGUUUUAACUUCAGCUGGAAAAUGUUCACCAGCUGGGAUUACUUGAUUGGCAAUCCUGAAACAGCAGAUAACAAGUUUGCAUCGAUUACAACGAGCUUUAAGGAAGCAAUUGUGGAAGAACAGGAGAGCCGGAAAGAAGAGAACAUCCACUUGACCCGAUUCCUGAGGGUUCUUGCGAAUUUCUUCGCCUUCUGCACCCUGGCCGGAAGUGGUUAUCUCAUCUACUUUGUUGUGAGGCGAUCCCAACAAUUUGCUUUGGAAGGCCUUGAAAACUAUGGAUGGUGGGAGAGAAAUGAAGUGAACAUGGUCAUGUCCCUUCUGGGAAUGUUCUGCCCCACUGUAUUUGAUGUCAUCAGUGCCCUGGAAAACUAUCACCCUCGAAUAGCUCUCCGAUGGCAGCUGGGACGCAUCUUCGCUCUUUUCCUGGGCAACCUAUAUACGUUCAUUAUUGCUCUCAUGGAUGAAAUCAAUCUCAAGCUGGAAGAAGAGAAGAUUGUGGUGCAGAACAUGACCAUUUGGUUAACCAACUUGUACAAUGGGACAAUUCCAGAAAACGUCACUGGUCCUCCCGUCCAUGUGAACCUUGCAGAUGUCCCGAGAGGCCCGUGUUGGGAAACCAUGGUUGGUCAGGAAUUUGUGCGGCUAACAGUCUCUGACACUGUGACGACCUACGUCACCAUUUUAAUUGGAGAUUUCCUAAAAGCUGUCUUUGUCAGGUUUUUCAAUUACUGUUGGUGCUGGGACUUGGAAUAUGGCUUUCCUUCAUAUUCAGAAUUUGAUAUUAGUGGAAAUGUAUUGGGUCUGAUCUUCAAUCAAGGCAUGAUCUGGAUGGGCUCUUUUUAUGCACCCUGUCUCCCAGCUAUCAAUGUCAUUCGUCUCCAUACUUCCAUGUACCUGCAGUGUUGGGCUGUGAUGUGCUGUAAUGUCCCCCAUGCACGAGUUUUCAAAGCCUCAAGAUCGAACAACUUCUACAUGGCCAUGCUGCUGUUUAUUCUCUUCCUCUCCACCCUGCCAGUUGUCUACACUGUUGUCUCCGUUCCACCAUCUUUUGACUGCGGUCCAUUCAGUGGAAAAAACAGAAUGUUUGAGGUCAUUGGAGAAACCCUGGAGCAUGAUUUCCCUUCAUGGUUUCGGAAAUUUUUUAAUCUUGCCUCAAACCCCGGCGUGAUCCUACCCUUCAUACUGCUGAUGGUCUUGAGCAUCUACUAUCUCAAUGCUACAUCCAAAGGGUACCAGGCUAUGAACCUGGAGCUCAAGAAGAAACUGCAAAAUCAAGCUGAUGAAAACAAGAGGAAGAACAAACAAAGAGCCCAGGAAGCCCGGGCAAAGCAAGAAGCUUUGGAGGCUCAGAACGCUGCAAAAGAUACAGCUGUUGUUCCAGGCAAAUGA